GCUUUGGAUGGAAGAAUGGCCCAAUACAAAGUGGCUGCCCGGGCCUGGCCCAUCCCAGAUAAGGCCUGGAAGGAUUGACCCAUAAAGGUGUCGCAUGGAGAUAUAUUACACCCUGCAAAUUAUCUCGUCAACCAAUUGCCUCGUCACUCUUCAGUCAUCACACGUCCUCGAAUCGCUGCCGUUUCGUUUCGUCAUCAAUGGCUUCAGGUUCCAAGGAGUCCCCAUCCAACAACCCCGGCCUACAAGCUUCCCCCGAUGAAGCCACCAAAGACUAUUUCAUGCAACAAACUAUGUAUCGGAUUAAGGAUCCAAAAGUGAGUCUGGGUUUCUACUCUCGCGUAUUGGGCAUGUCGUUACUUAAGAGGUUGGAUUUUCCAGAAAUGAAGUUCAGCUUGUAUUUUAUGGGCUAUGAGGAUCCAACAUCAGCUCCAAGUGAUUCAGUUGAUCGUACUGUUUGGACAUUCAGUAAGAAGGCUACAAUUGAGCUCACACAUAAUUGGGGAACUGAGAGUGAUCCUGAUUUCAAAGGCCACCAUAAUGGGAAUUCAGAACCUCGUGGCUUUGGACACAUAGGCAUUACUGUUGAUGACACAUACAAGGCUUGCGAAAGAUUUGAACGUCUAGGGGUGGAAUUUGUCAAGAAGCCUGAUGAUGGGAAGAUGAAAGGGAUAGCAUUCAUAAAGGAUCCUGAUGGCUAUUGGAUUGAGAUUUUUGAUCUUAAAACAAUUGGCACUACAACUAGUGCUGCUGCUUGAUAUGGCGCUGAAUAUACAUAAGGUGGGUCUCCAUGCCUAAUCCGAUGUUUCUACCUCCUGCGAGAGGUUUUGAUAUUAAGCGCGUUGCUUAAUUCAGUAGUCUUACUCUUUGUGUCCUACUAAUUUAUGUAGGUUUUUUGUCCUACAGAGAAGUAGACCAACUUUUUUUUAUUUCAAUCUUGGAAGAAUGUAUGCGUUUAAGUGAAAAUUUCCAGCGUACAAGGUUCCUUCUGGGACAUCCAAUAAAGUUGGGAGGGAGACUAUCAGCAAUUCCAGAAAUUUUUCCGCUUGUUAAGGGUUGGUACAGAUAUAUUUUAGAUGUCUUCCUUUUGUAUUUUGUUUAUUUGUGAUCGCUUUUCGUAUUUUCUGAAAACUGAAACAAGGAGUAAAUGGAUGAUACUUCUUGUUUCCAUAUGGUUUUCAUUUUGUUUGGAAAUACUACUAGCUUUUGGGA